GUUGAAUUUCUGCCUGCCACACAGCUGUUAAAGACAGAAGAACCCUGCUUUUCAUCAAUGCCAGCCCUAAACCAAAGCCUAGGCUCCCAUCUGGUACCUCCUUCAACAAAAAAAGAAUGCUGUCCCUCAAGAUUCCGUUCAAGAUUGGGCAGCCUAAGAAACAGAUUGUACCCAAGACAGGCAGCAAAAGAUUUUCCAGUUCAACCUUUGCCAGAAAACCUUAUUGCUUAGGUACUGCCGAAAUUAGAAAUGGGACAAAGGAUGAAGCAAGCAACUUGUACCUCCCAGAUGUGGUUGGACUCCAACUCCCAUUAUCCCCAGCUGGCAUCACCAGUGGUCAGGUCGAGAGAGAUUUUGAACGGGAGUAUGGAAAGCUUCAGCAGCUGGAAGAUCAGACUAAGAAGCUGCAGAAGGACAUGAAGAAAAGUACAGAUGCAGACCUAGCAAUGUCAAAGUCAGCUGUGAAAAUCUCAUCUGACUUACUGUCCAACCCGCUCUGUGAGCAAGACCCCAAAUUUCUUGAAAUGGUGAUGGCUUUGGACACAGCUAUGAAGAGAAUGGAUUCUUUUAACCAAGAAAAGGUGAACCAGAUCCAAAAGACAGUAAUUGAGCCCUUGAAAAAAUUCAGUGGUGUUUUUCCCAGCUUGAAUAUGGCGGUGAAGCGGCGUGAACAAGCUCUGCAAGAUUACAAGAGGCUGCAAUCUAAGGUGGAGAAGUAUGAAGAGAAGGAGAAGACAGGACCCAUCCUGACCAAGCUGCACCAGGCACGGGAAGAACUGAGGCCAGUGAAAGACGAAUUUGAGGCUAAGAACAAGCAGCUCCUGGAGGAGAUGCCAAAAUUCUACAGCAGCCGCAUUGAUUACUUCAAACCAAGUUUUGAAUCUCUGAUCCGGGCUCAGGUUGUGUACUACACUGAAAUGUACAAAAUCUUUGGUGAUUUAACAGAACAGAUUGAUGAGCCUGGCCUGACAGAUGAGCAGAGGGAGAAGGAGAACGAAGCCAAGCUUAAUGAACUGAGGGCCCUUUCUAUUGUGGCUGAUGACUGAACUCCAACUCGGAGAACCUCCAAGCUCGCUGCUGCUGCUAUGUGGGAAGAGUGGAGACUCCUUUUUGCUCGUUCUCUGAAAACCUGAUCCUCUCUAACUUUAUACCCCUUGCAGUGCACUCCUCCAGAUAAAAAGGCAUAUCUGCAACCCUCCAAAGAUUGGAUGUGUCAGGAUUGUUACUGCUGAGGACUGUGUAAGGGAUGUUUGUAGCUCUAGCGCCUGUGGCUGGCACUAGGCAACAGCAGAUAAUUGCCAUAAGACACUGCUAUCAUUUACAAGCUUCUAAAAUGAUGAUGCUUUCUUUCACAGCAUAAGCAAAACGGCAUGUCUCUGGAAGCUCAGUUAAUGUAGCAAUGGGGGACCUGGUGCUUAACCACAUUUAACACAGGAUCAAGCCUUGGUGCCUUUAAGAGACAUUUUGUCAUCACACUUGAGCCAUUUUUCUAGAGGUGACACUGUUUGGUUUGUAUGUCUUUGUUGAGUAGAAGAUGGUCUUUAAAAAUUUAUACUGAGGUACAGUAUUAACAUUACUCUCAAGCGUGUUCUGCUCCCAAAGGGAGGCUGCCAUCCACAUGUAUUCUCCACUAGGUCCUGUACAGCUGCUGUAUGUAGAGUUAUAGAAGUGACCACUUGAAUAGGUGACCUGUUUUCUUGUGCCACGUUAACUACAUUUAAUCCGUGAAGAUUAUCUGUAUUGUAGUCAAGAGCUUAAGCUAAUCACAGAGAAGUAAGGCAGUCAUGAGUCUUAAGGCAGCCAUGAGGAACCUCUGGCCCUCCAGAUGCUGCUGAACUACAAGUUACAUCAGCCCUAGCAAGGACGGCCAUUUCUGUUUUUCAGAAAUAUUUGGAGAGUCAGAGGUUCCCCAUGCCUCUCUUAGGAGAAGUGUCUCUGGAAGAGAGGUUCUUGAGUUUCUCCCCCCUUUAACCAGCAGAGAUGCUUUUCCUGCUGCAAUCUUUCCCAUGUACUUGCAAAGUAAUCAGGACAUGAGUUAGGUGCUUCUGUAACCAGUGAUUCUAAUGUUAUUUCUGCAAAAAAAGAAAAAAACCCUGUUCUUGGCCAUUUUUCUGUCUAACUGGUGAUAUGCACAAUGCUGCCCUCUACUGCUUGAAAAUGCCACAUUCAAGCACUAUGCACCUGUUGCAUGAGAACAAAGUUAAUUUUGCUAGAACAGAGAUGAGAUGAGUCUUGACAGGGCCUGCUGUAGUAGUCCAACAUUUUUAUUAAGAGUGUAGUAAGUAUGAAAUGGUCCCUUCUCACUCAAUCCCUGUUUAGACCAUGGGAGGAGACUGUCAUUUAGAUACUGGUUAUAUCAUAACCUGCAUGGGUUCCCUUUAUAACUGUAACUAGAUAUUUAAAAUCCAACUAGCAAGUAUUAAAAAUACUAUUAUGGAAUUAGGUGAAGGACCUCAUUUGUUGACAAAACUUUCAGCCAGAAAUACCAUCCCCAAAACAGCUUCUCCACCAAACCACACGAGGUAUUGCCACCACAUCAUGAAUGCCCUCCUUGCCCCUUGCAAGCAACAAGGAUGAAGGUACUUGCAGGAACUCUACAGUUUGUGCUUUACUUCACCUUAACCGUCAAUGGGAUGAGUUUCACCUCAUAAGCAAAGGACCUAAAAAGGAAAUAAGGCAGCACAGACUUCCAAGUGGGGAAGAGACUUUUAUAAAAGGGAACCUGGCCAGGUGAAUACAAGUUGUUACAGACUAAAAACAACACAUCCAGAAGAGACAGACCACCUGAGGGUGGGGGAACAGGUGGCCACAGUAGAUGUAACCAGUACCUAAUGCAGGAGAGCCCAUGCCCAGCCAUGGCUUUGGACCGCCACCCCCUCCCCGCUACUUCACUACUCACUACCACAGGGACCCAAUCAGCUACCUACCACAGCCCUCCU